CAUAUUGUUUUUACACCCUACAAACUCUACGAAAAAAGUAUCCAUCCAUCCAGGCAUGUGUCCGUGCCUAUCUCCCAUCCAUAAAGCUUCUGCCGCAUUCUCUCGGGCUUCGUUCUUGGGCGUCCGGCGAAAGACAAUAACGACUCUCGACUCUCGCCUGAUCUCCUUUCGCAGGUGACUAACGCACGGACCUUGACAAUAGAACAACAGGGUCUCAAUUACUGGUCGUCCCUCCCUUGUCUGGCUUAAACACCAGCAAGCCGUCAGCAUCAGCCAUCAGCCCAUCAAAACAAAUUCCUCCUAUGACAUCAACUCAUCCUCUUGUGUGGCCACAUUCAGAAGACAAUCAUUUAUUGAUCGUCUUGUCAGCGAUGAUGUGUGCAUGGCUUACGGGGGCGUGAUCCGAAACUCGUUAUCCGGCCGUCACUAUACCCAAGCACGCAAGGCACAGAAAUAAUAUCUAUUGUUCUUCCGGCCACACCUUCUCUUUGUGCUUCACUCCACAAUCACCAUCAUUCCCUCCUCUUGUUCUCCUCCAGAGUGCGCCAAGGGAUGAAUUGCACACAUAUAUACAUUAACUCAACAACGUUAUCCCUCAAACAAACCGUUUUCCCACUCGCUACUUCCUUCCGCACAUUGUUUCCGAUCUUUCGCCUUACGGGUUUACAGCCCACACGACCUCGUCUUAGUCUACACACCCUCGCAUAUCCUCUCACACACCGAGAAGCAAAUCGACAAAACGACCUCGACAUCGUUCAUCCAUUCUAAACAGUAACACGCGACUUCCCGCCCACCUUUCCGAGUUGAGCGCUUCCCGCUUUAUAUUGACCGCACAUAUAAAGCCAUAGCUACCUGUUAUGACUCCUUUUCGCCCAGCUGUCUCUUCUACUCCUCCUUCAGAUUGUUCCCCUUCACACACUCGCACUACUUUCGCCUCAUCGCCUCCGUCGACGCCUUUAUUAUCUCGUACUUCCGCCCCAUCCCCAUCCUCUCGUCUUUCGAGCUAUCUAGGUUAUACCUCUUCCAACUCCCAUAUCUCACUGGAUCGAGAGUUACUUCCAGGCAACGAACAAAUCCAGGACAGUACUCGCAACACUCCAUUGUUGCCAUCCACACCUUCAGCAUUACUCUCCCGCACUUCCGCACCACCACUCUACUCCGCCUCUGCCCUAAUUCUCAAGCCUUCAACUCCAGCAAGCUGCAAACACAACAGCUUCGCUCAGUCUAUCAGCGGAUCGUACAAGCUAGCUCCCCCUUUGGUCCGCAACAAAUCCAACAAGAUUAUCCGCCCAUCUACCACUCCUCACUCUUCCGUUCCCAACAUGGUUUUCCCGUCACACACAAAUUACCUUCAUGCGGAUCUUCAAGUGCUUUGGGAAAAUAAUGGAAUUAUGGAUAUGAUCGGUUGCGCCAAUACUGGAUCGUCAUACUCCGCCCCUGGACAUAUUCAAUUAUCACUUCCCGCGCUUCCUGCAGCUCUGGGGGGUAGAUCAAGAGAAGUGAAGGAGUUAAGGUUAUUCAUGGAGGGAAAAAGCGAGUUUUACGAUGAUGCAGGCCGAUAUACGCCGAUGCGCCUCUACUCUUGCACACUCCAAUUAGCCUCACCUUCAACACCGCUCUUAAUCCCGUCGUCCGACACCUCUAACCCUAACCCUUAUUCUCGGUUACAACUCGCGUUGCCCUUUGACUUGCGGUUACCUGGUUGGCUGCCGUCAUCGUACGACAACGAUAUGACAUUCACAGGGUACGGGUGUGUCGUAGAAGCAAUCAUCGGAUGGACCGAGCCUGUUUCUGUUUCUCCAAGUUCCGCUGGUUCAAUAGGGGUAGUCCCCGAGCCUCGUGGGCUUAUCAAAUCCAAGCCUCGUUCAGCUUUUGAAUCAAUCUUCUCCAAUUCGACUCUUCUCCCAUCGUCUUCCAAGAAAAAUGUGAGCAAGUGGCAACCGUUCACUAUCCGUCGUCAUCGUCUCCAUCCGCCCAUUGGCUCGACCUUGCCUGAAGUGUCUGAAAGACAUUACACCCUUCGUCCUGAAGCUGAUAGUACAAGCCCGAUUGAAUGUGUGGUGACCGUACCCGAGUUUGUGGAUGUCAACGGCGAAGAGAAGAGUCUGAAAGUUAGCUUGAGAAUCAGGGCGAGGCGGGAUGCGAUCAUCAUUGCCAAGUCUAGUCUCCAAUCCGAGGCUGAAGUAACAAGCACUGCUGUUGAGGAAGAUGGUGAUAUGAGUCGGCUCGAGUCCGUGUUGAUGGAAAGAUCAGACAGCAAGGGCAAUAAGGAGAAGGAGGAACCUCUAACGCAUAUGAUUGAGCUUGGGAUGGAAGUUGAAGAAACCGAGUGGUUGAGCUCUACACCAUCCAAAUCAUUUAAAUCCACCUUCCCCAUCCCUGAGGCCCAACCCUCUCGACAUUCAUCUCAGCACAAGCUAAUCUCCCCACCCUCCGCUUAUGCGAAUAACGGUUUUGGCUUUGAAGAACGUCCAUUCAAGGAGACGAGGACUCGUUCAUGCCUUUUAUCUGAAGAUGGGAACCAGAGAAAUUUCUUCUUUGCGAAUGACGGACUGGGGUUGACGGAUAGGUGGAGGAAAGUGAACGUAGUCCUGCCGAUGCCUACGGAAGCUAGCGAGAUGGGAUCCAAGCCUCAGCCGGAGAUUAAUUCGCCAUUUUUGAGGAUCAAGCAUGCUUUGAAGAUUAGGGUUGUUUGUCGGAAUGCGGGUAGUAGCGAAAAUGCUGUUGUCCUCCUUUCCACACCGAUCCGAUUCUCCACAUGCCCCACUACCAUGCCCAACCCCGCUGGUGAGCAUCGCUCGGCCACCCUCCCAUCGUAUAUCCAGCUCUUCCACGAGAAUGGCGAUUUGAGGGAAUGUGACCCACUUCCUCUCUAUACCGCCCCCGAAUCCGAAUCCGAAUUGCAAAAUAUUCUCCCGCUCUCUGAACCUGACAGAAGCGAUUACAGCAUGUCUAUACCUUCGUACGAAUCUAUCUUACCUGACCCUUCUGUCCCCUCAACCCCAUCCCUUCCCAGCUCCUCAAUCGUGGACUCUACAUCUGCCGCCUCAGCUUCUGCUUCCGCCUCUCCCUGCCAAUCCCGCUCAGCCUCUCCCUCCCCGUUCGGUAUCUCCUCAUCUUCAGAUCUCGACUCAUUGGAGGGUGGUCAGGGGGACCUGCGCGGAAGGAGUUUUUCGCCCGCUUCACAGGUAUCGGAUGAUGAUGCGAUGGACGUCGAUGGUACUGGUUCUGGUUCUGAGGCUGGAGACAGCUCUUCAGGAGCGAGACAAGGGAUGGAAGGUAUUUUGGAAGAGAGGAUGGAAAGGCUCGUGCCGAAGAAUGGGAUGAAGAGGACUGGGAGAAGUGAUUCGGCGGUGACAUCGCGGGUUGUACGACAGGUUCGUUGAAACGGGAAUAAGGCCUAUCAUGGCAUGUGGCGUGGGUCUUUAUAUAAUCUAGCAUUGAUGUUCUUGUUCAUUUUCUUUGGCCUUUGCAUCAGCAUUAUUGACUGUUACGAGCCUUCCUUCGUUUUUCUAUGUUUCUUUUUCUUUCUCGUGCUGGUUUCAGUAUUUGUAAGCAUUUGUUACUUCAUUAUUUAUCUUGAUACUUUUCUUCUUUACUGGUGUAACAUGGCUCGAUCUAUUCCAUACAUCCAUCUGGGCAUGUAAUACCUCCUUUCUC